UGGGCCCUAUCCUGGGGCUUCGUCCUGCUCGGCGUCGUCACUCUCACCGACCUCCUCGCGCUGCUCUACAUGUCGCACAUCAUGGCGACCGUGUACGCCGAUGUGGGCACCACAGACCUCGAGUUCGCGAGCCCGUACUACGGCCUGGCGGAGCUGUACGAAUCCGGCUCCAUUAGCGCAUCGCGCAUCGACCCCAUUCUUAAUACGCCGCGCGUCGUCGCGCAGGUGUUCAGCGAUCGCCCGAACGAGCUCGCGCCCGUGGGUGAGCACGAUGUGUUCGUGAAGGUGUUCGGGACGCUCUCUCCGCACGAGAAGCACCUCCGCGUAUCAGAAACCACCCAUACGAUCGCUCAGUUCCGCACGGUCGAGUUCGGUAUGGAAGACUGCGCGCUCGUCAUCCGCCUCCCUGGCGCGGAUGACCGCAUCGAGAGCAAGGAGCCGUUCCGCUUCAAUCCCCAAUCAGCACUCGACGUCUACCGCCUGGCCGCGCCGAAGCCCCUCGACGUGCGCACGCUUUCGUAUGCCUCGCGGCCACGCAUACAAGAGAAGGUCGCGACCGUAACACCACGCGCGGGCGAGACCGAGGUGACGCGCUUCCCGUGCGCGUGGAGCACGCUGCACACCUUCGAGAUCGCAUGUGCACCACACGCGCGAUCGGAGUGUCUGCUUGACGUGUGGUCGAGCCAGAACACGACUUGGGGUGUCUACAUGUAUCAGCAUCAGACCGUCUAG